GUGUUGUGUCUCCAGUCCAGCAGGAGUCGCUCUGCAGCUCUUCAGUCCGCCGAUAAACCCACUAAAGAAAGAAAGAAAGUCAAACAUCAAGCGCUGCGUGUUCACAUCACUCUGAUUUUCUCUCUUGAGUGGUUUAAACAGAGUGUUGUGUGUGUGUGUGUUUGUGUUGAGAUGUUGAGGAUGACGUCACAGAUGUGCUGUAAAUCAGUGGGAACUGAUCUGUCCAUGCUGGAUAUUGAUGAUUUCAUCACAGAAAUCUGUCAGCUGAAGAAAGAGGUGGCGUUACUGGAGGAAAAGCUGAGGACAAGAGGAGAUGAACUCAACACUGAGAAGUCCAGACACACACAGGACUCGGAGCUCAGCCUCACUUUACUCUGUUAUACUGACACAAACCCCACAGACGCUCAGGACACUGUGUGUGACAGUAAUCACACCUUGAAUCAGGAUGAAUCUACUGAUCAAACCUCCACAGAGUCUCUGGAUUCUGUCUGUAACGCUGGAGAACAGCAGAUCCUGAACACCAGACCACUCAACAUGUGUUCUGUCACACUGGUGGACUGCAGGAAACUGAUGGAGAUGGAAACACAGACCACAGUGAAGGAAGAACAGACUGAUGAAGAUGAGAAUCAUGAUGAUUUUGUUCCUUCAGGUAAACUGUUGAACGGCAAUAACAUGGAGAUAAAAACAGAACCCAAAUCAGAGGAAGAUCAAACUGAUGAAGAUGAUGACUUUAUACCCUCAGUUUCAGAUGAGAGCGGUGAUUCAUGUUGUGAUGGAGAAACGGCCUCUACAUCAAAACAGCGACUGACAGCACAAACUCUUUCCUGCAUCACCUGUGGAAAGACAUUCAGUUCACAGAGACAUUUAGAGACACAUGAGAGAAAACACACAGAACAGAAACUCUUCACCUGCACCAGAUGUGACAUCAGCUUUCCUACCUUACAAGAGAAGAGACGUCACUCACAAAAGCACAGAGACCAGAAACACUGUGAAAAGUGUGGGAAGAUUUUUGUCUCCUCUUCUAGUCUGAAAGUUCACAUGAAGACACACAUGGGAGAAAAACCUUUCCAGUGCAGUCAAUGUGACAAAUUUUUCAGCAUCAAACAAAGUCUUGUUGCUCAUCAGAGAAUUCACACGGGAGAAAAACCGUACGCGUGUCCUCACUGUGAGUGGAGAUUCAACUACAAAUCCCAUCUGAAGAGACACAUGUGUGUACACACCGAUGAGAGACCGUAUCAGUGCAGUGAAUGUGGAAAACAUUUUAAGCAGUUAAAUUAUCUACAGGACCACAUAAGAACUCACUCUGAGGAGAAACUCAAUCAGUGUUCACACUGUGAUAAACGAUUCCAUCAUAAAACCAGUCUGAUACGUCAUGAGAGAAUUCACACUGGAGAAAAGCCUUAUCACUGCAGUGUUUGUGGAAAGAGUUUCACUCAACAAGCUAACUUACUAAUGCAUCAGAGAACUCAUACAGGAGAAAAACAAUAUAAAUGUUCUCAGUGUGACAAGACGUUUGCUCGAUCAGAUGCCCUCAGGACCCACGAGAGAGUUCACACACUGGAGAGAAACCUUAUCACUGCUCCAUCUGCGGCGAGAGAUUCACUUAUUUAAAACAUUUUCAGGCUCAUCAGACGAAAGAUGCUGAAGAACAAACUGCACUGGAAUCAUCAGUGAGCUGUAUUGUUGCAUCCCUAGUCAGAAUAGAACUUUACUGAAAUAUAAAAAAUGCAUUGUUAGAUUUAUAACUGUUUAUCUACAGAGUACAAACAACAAAUUAUAAAUGAUACAUCAUCUGUACCUGUUAAGCUGGUCUCGCUUCAGUCAUGUGUCAGUUGUGUAGCCUCUGGGGGUUUCCGGAGGAGUGCCCCUGUAAUAAUUUAACGAUGCAGAAAAUAUUUGCAAGUUAUAUUGCAAAAAUUUUACUUUUAGGAAUAGGAUUAUUGUGUUAGUAUAAAUCCAAGCAUUUUUUCUAAGAACUGAAUUCACCUUAAACUUAUUUCAAACACUUGCAGAGAAAUAAUUAAAGC